AUGGUGAUUUUGGCACCCGACGAACUUGUUGAACGCCUAUGCGAAGAGAUUGCUUAUGCCGGAGGAAAGUUGUCACUUGUGCGAUUUUGGGAUCUGGUAUCUGAUCUCACAGACAAUUUGGACAACAAACUCAAGGCAUUUGUUCUACGCUGUUUUGAAUCUCAUCCAGACAUGACAAUUACGAAAAAUGGCAAGUCCAUAACAAAUAGUGAUUAUGAGGCGCUCUUUAAUGACUGUGAGGAUGUGCUUUGCACGAUCUCAGAAGACAGACUCUACAUGUUUCUCACGGGCUAUUGUAAAAAAGAAUGCGCUGUUGGUGGUCUCGCAUUCGAACUACUUAUGGAAAUAGCGAAGACGAAAGAGCAUGGUAUAAAUACAAUGGACUUAGCGCGCAAGACUUCUCAGGAUCCACGGAGCAUAACUGGGAGGAUCAAGAAACUUGGAAAUCUUGUUACGGGAGUUCAAACAAUUUAUAAAGGUCAUGUUGUCAAGCACUUGAGAUUUCACAGAUUUGGAGGACAGGAGGAUCAGCAGAAGGCCUAUACCAAUAUGAGAGACAGUCUUCAGAAAAUUGUAGAAGUAGUCAAAAACUCAAAAAACGGCGUUAGGCAACUCAUCGAUUUGAAAAGAGAGUUGAAAUUUGAUAAGGAUAAGCGGCUAUCAAAAUCUUUUAUCGCAGCGAUAUCUUCUCUUGAUGAAGCGGGCUAUCUGAAAAAGGUGAUGGUGAUCUCGCCGACGAGCCCUUCGGUUAAAAUCAGAUGCGUCAAAUAUCUCAAAGACUAUAAACCUGAAGAAAAAAUCAUCAAUGAAUUCGAAGACGAGACCGAUGCUGAGGAGGAUAAUGAAGAGGCGCAAAGCAACGAAUUGGGGAUUGCCGAGGAUGAGGAUUAUGAGUUACUGAACGCCAAAAAUGCGACCCAACUUCUCCAGGGUAAGAAUCUAGUCAUGGAGGAUGAUGUGAAACCCGAGACCAAGCACUUUUUACUCAAUCGUUUUUACCCCCUGCAAAAUCAAACUUUUGCUUUGGUUGACAAGCAAGGAACGGCAGGUCUUUCUUCCAUGCAAGCGGUGACUAUGAUUACUGGUAAUGAUUACAAACGGUCUUUCACAAAAUGUAGCGAAUAUUACAUCGAUACUGUCGGCAAAGAAAAAAUGGACAGUAACGGAUUCGGAUUGGUCAAGGUCUAUGACUUUGAAGGUAAGAGAAAGUUUUACAGGCUAUUCACAAAACCGUACUUUAAAAUGCUUACAUCUGCAGAAGCUGACACGGGCGAAGGGGAUUUUAGACCUCUGAAACCUCAGAAGAAAGACCUCAAAUCACUAAGCGCCAAAAGUUUCUUGCCCUUGAGCAACACGCUUCGAUUCAUUGGGACUGACGGUGGUGAAAAAUUCUUCUGGAACGGAGAGUUGAAAGUACCAGCCAAUGAAAAUGCUGCCCCCCGAGGACGCAAACGAAAAAUAGCGAAAGAUGUGGAAGAAGGGCUUUUAGAAGGCUCGAAGAAACUUAAGGCACGAGAGCCUGGAGGUCCUAAUAAACAGAGUGAUGCGAUAUCUGUUUCGACAGAGGUUCACGAGCUUGCCGGGUCGGACGUCGCCAAAAAUACGGGCGUCUCAGUUACUGAUAAUGAUGUCAGAGAUAGGACCAGGGCUGUCAUCAACAUCGGAGGAUUUUCUGCCAACUCAUUGAAAUCUUUGCAACGCCAACGUGCUAUACUGGACGCAGUUAAAUCAUGCGGAGGAGUGACUUUCUUUAGAGAUCAGUUUUUUGAAGAGGUAACCAAAUUGAUGGGCUCCAAAACCACUUUGGACAAGAAAACGAUUAAGGGCGACAUCGAUCUUUUGAGGUCUUCAAAUAAGAUAUUGUUCAGGGUUGACCAAAUGAGCGGCAGAAGAAUUAUCUUUUUGCCACAUGUUUCUCAAAAGACAAUCUCGGACUUUCUAGUCAAGGAAAAAGACUGCAAGAAAUCGUACUUCAAGGAUGUAAUAAAAAAUACAGACAUCUUUUUCUUUGAUAGCACUCAGCGCGACAGGUUUCAUAGUGGUAUAAAAUCUGCGGAAAGAAUAAAAAACUUUGAGAGGAAAACCAAAAAUGGUAAGCGUAUUACAACGCAAAAGAAGGCGGACAAAAGUGCCGAAAAGCCUGUCGAAAUUGCACUAUCUCCUUCGAAUACUUUGACAACCGAUCGUCAGUCUCUGGUACAAAGCAAUAUGGCUCAGUACGCUAUUAAGGAAGAAGCCGAUCGUCGCUCUUACAAUGUGGGUACCAAAAUUGGUGUUCGUGCUCUGGUCAUGUCUGCCGUCAUAACGGAAAUUAUCGGGGGAAAAAUUGCAUGGGAGCUAAUAACAAAGCUUUUCCCCAACAAUUCAUUGAGCAACUUAGAGAAGCAAUGGACUACGAGACGAAUUAGAAUGGGCCAUAGUGGCUGGAAAGCUCUCAAACUCAAAUGGCGUAAACUUCUUGUCAACGCAUUGAAAGAAGAAAGGGCUACCAUGGAAGAUGUUGAAAGCCUCAAUCUACUUAAACUUAUCAACCUCUGGGAAGAGGCGGAGCAAAUGCAUUCUGAGAGUGACAUGUUUUUACUCAAAAAUUACGAGGAGAACCUGAAGAAAUUUACGUUGAUUAAAGAUGUGCCUAGCUUACCGCAUGCAGCUGGUCCUGAUAUGUCUUCCAUGGUACAACGUGAGUCAGUAUUACUAAGGAAAUGCUACACCUAUGGAAACAUGUUGGGAACCAAAGUAGAGAACUCGUCACUUAAGAAGGAAGAUGAAAUUAGAGCCAUCGUAAGGUCGAUGCUCAUAGACAAGACCUCCGCCGAGUUGGAUGAUACGAGACCACUAGACGGUUUUGAGAAGACUGAUGUUGACAAAACGGUGCUGGAUAUGGCAAAGGAAAAGCAAAUAAGUUUUUUGAGUCCUUCAAAAGUCCAGUUGAGCGAAACAGUGCUCGAGUUACUCAGAAAGAAAGGGGAUUUUGAGAUGUUAGAAAAAGCGGCAACGUAUAGCGAACACUUGCUAAUAAUGCUAAAAGGACGUAAGGGAGUUAUUUUCAAAGAAGAAAUUUCAAAUCAUGCGGCAAUGGUAUGCGUGAAUCUAUUGCAAGCUGGAUCUAUGUCUAUAACCAGCGUCCCCAUUUUAUCUGACGAACACCCAAUGCACUAUACGACACGGAAGUAUGGGUUUGAGACUCUAAUGCCUCCCCUCAUCAUGCUUGGGGGCAAAAAUUCAUGGGAAGGUGUAAAAGCUCAGUGUCCUAUUCCGAUCGGAAAACCGUUUUCGCGGCUAUGGGUAAAUGGCGAGGGAAGCAUACGUAAGACAGUUUGGAAACAAGUCGUUGCCCUCGUGCUACUGGACGUCUCCUUCAACCCAGGAAUCUCUGUUGGGGAUUUGGCGGCAAGAAGCACGAAGCUCUUGUCACCUUCUGAAAUUGAGCAGGUUAUUUCAUGGUGCAUGAAGGCUGGUAUUAUUUCAAGAAUAGAUUUUGGAGGCCUUAUGACAAAUGCCAGGUGGUUCUCGGUCUUUUAG